CAAUAAAAUGGUUUGGGUAAAAGGAAAACAUAGCUUGGGAUAUUAUGUAGACGUAUAAUUUUAGACACGACAGGGAACAUUUUGACCGAGUUUCGGCCCCCACCUCCAAGUGGUCGAAACAGGUGAACACUCGGGCGGUCUGUCGUCCCUGGCAACGUUCGUUAUGAAAACUAAACGAAAACAAACGCGUCCAAAGACAGCGCGACUUAACAUGCUCUGAAAAUUGGAGAAGUCAGACAGCGGAUACAUCUACAUCCGUGGACAGUGACGUCGGCAAGUUGGGACAGCCGAGGCAGAGAUUCUAUCGCUGGGAUAGCACAGGACAGGAUCCCACGCACCAACACCUACACCUACACCUUCAUCUUCUCACCUCCAGCAGCAGCAUCGGAAUCGAAAUUGAGGGAGUCCUUGCUGGUCCCCAAACAGUCCUCAACUCAGCUCCGGCGAACGCGGACUCGACGACACUCGACGGCAUACUGGGGAACUGCAUUGACAUCGACUCGGUGGCCGUGGUGCAGCACAAGCUGGUGCACAGAAUUGUGUGAGUAAGGUGGCAAGAUGUCGCCGCCCGUGCUGUAUUACCUGCCGCCCAGUCCGCCCUGCCGCAGCAUCCUCCUGCUGGCCAAGAUGCUCGACCUUGACUUCGAGCUGAAGAUCGUCAACAUCCUGGAGGGGGAGCAGCUGAAGCCGGACUUCGUGGCCAUGAACCCGCAGCACUGUGUGCCGACCAUGAACGACGAGGGUCUGGUACUGUGGGAGAGUCGAGCGAUCCUCUCCUACCUGGUGGCAGCCUACGGAAAGAGUGACGAACUAUAUCCCACUGACAUCCGUGUGAGGGCCUUGGUGGAUCAGCGACUCCACUUCGAUCUGGGCACCCUCUACAUGCGACUCACGGACUACUAUUUCCCCACAAUGUUUAUUGGAGCCCCUUUGGACGAGGGAAAGCGCGCCAAACUGUCGGAGGCUGUGGGCUGGCUGAACACGAUCUUGGAGGGAAGACAAUAUGCAGCCGCGGAUCACUUUACCAUCGCGGAUCUUACGCUUUUGGUGACCGUUUCCCAGCUGGAGGCCUUCGAGUUCGAACUGCGACCCUAUAAACAUAUCCGCCAGUGGCUCGAUCGCUGCAAGGAUCACAUGGCACCGUUUGACUACGAGGAGCUGAAUGCCAACAAGGCCAAUCUGUUGGCCGACAUGUUCAAGGCCAAGAUGAACCAAUCCACCGGCACCUAAGAUUCCUUUAAAAAGCGUUAUACCAUUAGGGAAAUAUAUUAAAUGUUAGUUGUGUAAGUGUUGUAUUGAAUAAACGAGUUUUUCUGUGAGUCAAG